AUGAAAGGUUACCUGUACAGUCAAGAUGGUGCUUAUGCUUUUCCUCUCGGUCCUAAAGUAACUACAAUUGGUCGAGAAAAUUGUGACAUUAGCAUUACUAGUCCCCACGUUGAUAAUCAACAUGCAUUGAUAGAGUAUGAUGAUGAACAACGUUGUUUUGUCUUAAAAGAUCUAAACUCGUCAACGGGUACUUAUGUACAUGAAUGUCGUGUUCAAAAUGCAGCAGUUCGAUUAGCUGAUGGAGACUUUCUACGAUUUGGAUUUAAUGGUUUACCAUUAGAAUUUCACAUUGAACAAAAACAACAACAACAACAUCAACAACAACAACAGCAUCAACAACAAGAAACAAUGAUGCCAUCAAUCUAUCCGCGGCAAGCAGCAUCAAAUUCACUUCACAUGAUAACGCAAACAAUUCCAUCGAGAAGAUCAUCAAAUAGCAUAACAAAUUAUCAACAACAAAUUGAUGUACAACAGAGCCCUGGACUUUCUCUUAGAACACGUGCAUUAAGUGCUGGAACUAAAAAAAUAUCAGCUAUAACACCAAUUAAUCAGACUAGCAAUUGUGUGCGUGAUUCAAUUGUUCGUCCUAAUGCUUGGACUGUUACCGGCAUUUCAAACUCUGGCCGAACUAUUAUUAAUGGAAGUUUCAGUGGGGAAUUAGAUUUACAAAAUCAAGACAAUAGUGAAAUAACAAAUCGUGUUUGUCAACUUGAAAAAGAAGUAAAAGGGCGAGACACAGAAAUUCGAGACUUGACAGAAAGACUUCGUAGCUUAGAACCAUUGAGUUCAACAUUCAAAAGUGAAGUUCAAACAUUAAGAGCCGAAUUAGAUAAAGUAAAACGGGAAAAACAAUCUGCUUCUGGACUUAUUUCAAGUCUUCAACGUGAUCUUCAUUCAAAAGAAUCUAAUUUAGCGAAGUUAACUCGUGAAAUUGAUGGUUUAAAAAUUGAUGGCCGUGAUAAAGAUCUUCGAUUACAAUCACUACAAUCAAAGUUCAAUCUUCUUCGAGAUCGUAGCCGUACGGAAGACGACCGACAUAACAAAGAAAAAGAACUUAAAAUCAAAUCAGCUGAACAACAAGUAAAUGAAUUAAAUGAAAAUAUCAAUCGACUGAAAUCUCAACUACUCGAUGCAGAAAAACAAUUAUUAAGAGUUAAUCUAAAUGAACAAAAAUUAAAACAAGAAUGUGAACAUACGCGUGGACAACUUGCAGCAAUUCAACGAAGCGAAGCAACAAUCAAAGCGGAUCUUGCUGAUGCACAACGAAAACAUAAUCAAUUAUGUGCGAAUAUUUGGCGCUGUUUUGCUGCUGAUGACGAUAAUGAUGAAUAUGAUGAAGAUCAACAUAAUAUUAUUGAACAAAUUGAACAACUUCGACAGCAAUUAAAUGAAUCUCGAAAUGAAUUGGAACAUCAUCGUGAAACAUAUUCAUCGUCGAAUGAACAACAAAAAACUUCAUUUGAAAAACUUAUUGACAUAUUUACAAAUGCAAUGCAAGAACAAACAACAGAACGUAUUCUAUUACAUGCUAGACAACAAAUGAUUGAAUUUGAAGAAGCCGAUGCUGAAAGCUUUGUUGGAAUGUUUAGACAAACAGGAAUCAAUGCACUUAAUUGUCAUGUUAAACUUAUUUCAGAAUUGAACAAGUUAGUUCCUAAACAAAAUGAUCAAGAACAUGAUUUAUCUACAAAUGACAUUCUUGCUUUAAUUCGUCGUCAAUAUGAAGAAUUUGAGCGUGAAAAACAAAAUCUAUCAUUUGAACAAACAUCUCGGGAACGAACAUUACGUUCUGAACUGGAACAAAUUACAAACGAAAAAGAUACAAUUUGGCAACAACGGUUUAAUGAAGAAUGUAAUCGUCUUCGUGAAAAAACAGCUCAAUUGCAAAGAGAAUAUGAUGAACAGUCAAGUUCAUUGUCUGAUCGUCUAGAAGAAGCAGAAACACAAAAUAGAGACUAUCUACAGAAACUAAAUAUACUUGAAACAGAAUCAAGGGAAAAAAUCGACGAAUUAACAACGAAAUUAGAAGAAUAUCAACUACAAUUAACUGAAAACAACGAACGACAAAAUCAAUUAACAAAUAUAAAUGAAAGACAAAAAGAAGAAUUAAUUCAAUUAGAAAAAGAAAGAGAUGCAACUAUUGAGGAUUUGAAUCGUCAAGUUGAAGCUUAUAAAGAUCAAGUACGACAAUUUUCAAUAACAAUUAUACAGUUAGAGAAAAGUCUUGGAGACGAACAAGAAAAACGUAUUAAACUACAAGUUGAUCUUGAUAAUCUUAAUAAAAAUGAUCAAGGUAGACUGUCAACAUCAUCAUCAUCUCCACCGCCAGUAGCAAUGGAAACAGUUGUUCCAGUUCUCACUGCACCUGUGGCUGAUCUCAGUCAGGAAUUAUUUGCUUAUAAAUCGCGUGUACAAGAACAAGAGCAAAUAAUCAUUUCGUUACGACGAGAUUUAGCUGGAAUGACAGCUCGUUUAUCUGAUGUUCAAGGUGAAUUAAGUGAAAAACAGAAGCAAGCUUUGGAAAAAAGUGAAUUAACAAUACGUGAACAAACUAAAGAAUUAAAUGAUACAAGACUAAAACUAUCGAAAUUAAGUGAUAUUGUUGAUAAGCAAUCAACACAAAUUGAAAGUUUACAAUCAGAUUUAUCAAAAUCUAAAAUAUUAGUAGACCAAUAUCAAUUACUAGUUGAUCAACGUCAAGCUGACAUUGAUCGUCUAGCGAAAUCUCUUCAAGAAAAAGAUCUAAUUGUUGAACAAGUUGAACGAACAAAUCAUGAUGAAGGGCGUAUAACACAUGAAUUAGUUUCUAUUGGUGCUCAAUGCAAAGGCGAAAGACACGAACAAACAAUUGGGCGACAACGUGAAGCACUAAAUGAACUACGAGCACGAAUUAAAUCUUUAGAGCAAUUAAGACCAGUUAAUCCAUCCUAUGAAAAAGUUUUACAACAAGUUGUUUUACUUAAGCGUGAAUUAGCAGAGUUACGAGCACGGCAAGCUUUACCAAAUGAUAUGCCAGAUUUAAGAACAACACCAGCACCAAUUUCUGCUCAUCAACAAUCACAAAGACAAUCAACAACAACAGCAACAACAACAAUGCGACAAUCACCAUCCACAACAAUUCACUCCGAUAGCAUAAAUGAAGCACAAAAAGUUGUUGAAGAAAGAGCAGCACAUGCAGAAACAAUGAAUUCAUUACAAUCGUGUGACGAAUUACAUAAUGCGUUUACAAGAAAAUUAAUGAAUCUACUUGAUAUCGACGAUGAUGGUCUAGCAAACAUAGCUCCAUUAGCUACUCUACCAGCAACUGAUCGUUAUGUUGCUUUACAACAACGACAACGUACGAAUGAAAUAUUAAUGCAAAAAGUUGAAAUGAUUCGCGAACGUUUAACACGAAAAGAAGAACUGCUACGUGAUUAUGAAAAAGAUUUAGGCAAAUUACGUCAAGCAGAAAUUUUAUUACGUGAAAAAGACAUUUUGUUACAAGACCUUGAAACGGAUAAACGAACAAAAGAUGACGAAGCAUUUUAUCUUCGAAAUACUCUUAAAGAAACUCAAGAUAAUUUAAAUCAAGAAAAACGUGUCAAUUCAUCUGUGAAACUCGGCCGAAAUAUCGAUCAAUCUCAAUCAAACGAAUUAAUUCGUCGUAGUGGUGGAUCAACAGCAACACUUCAUCAUCAUUGUCCACCUGAUACAACAUCAAAGGUUCAAACAAUAAAACGAGAUUUGAAUCAAAAAGUAUCUCGAAAAAAUUAUGAGAUAAAAACAUUGAAACAAGAAUUAAAUGAAGCAUUAGAUACAAUAUCGGAACAGUCACAUAAAGUUAAAUUACUUGAAUUACAAUCUAAAACAUAA